CUUCGUCAGGAAGAUGAAGCACUGGAAGUGCUUCUCAAAGGCAUCAGUUACUGAUGUUCUGAAACCAGAUAAGCCAUGCUCAGGAAAAGACCACAAAGUGCAUUUGUCAAAUACUGUAAAGGGAACGGCAGUACAACAAACUAAUAAAGAUAUUUCAGCCCAAAGGAUACAGAGAGCUUGGUUAUCUCAUAUGGACAAAACAAUAUUUCAACUCCUAAAGCACACGAUUCGUGCAGCAGAACUUCGUGUGACACAUCAAAUACUGAAGGAAGUGAGCCCCUUAGAGGCUGAGCUUGUGAAAGAUCCUAGCAUGAAGUGUAAAGUUAGAUUCAGAUUUAGUGGUGAAACAUUUCCACCUGUCAUCGUAUUUAAAAUUUUUCUUCAUACCGAAGGACAUGGUUACAACUAUUUCAGUGGAAAAAAAUUCUUAAAGCCAUCGAGUGAGGCAGUGGCCGAUGCUUGCAAAAUAAUGGGGAAAAGGAGAUUUUGUCAUCAAGUUAUGGAAGAGGAACGUUUUUUCCAGAAGUUCAAAAUAACUGAUGAAAUUGAUAUUGUCACCCUGCAAGAUUACAUGCAAUACUCCAGUCUUCUGGAUGAGACUCCUGCAUCCUAUGGUGGCAGAAAUAACUACUGGCGAAAAUUAAACCUCAAAAACAUCCCCAGGACGAUGAUAAUAUAUGACAUAGUUCAUUAUGCAGAGUCUGGAAUAAUCUCACACCGUCUACAAAAAGAAAUGAAGUAUCUGUUACAGAAGCCACGAACGGAAGAGAUGCGUAAGCACCAGCUACGGAUUGUUUCUGAAGCUAGAUGCCCUUCAUCCUUUCCAACUAUCCAACCUUUGUAUGGGCCCUACCAACAGCAGAGUCAAAUUCAACAUCUGGGUCGUCGAUCUAAGCGAGCUCAAAUGAAAGUUGAAAAAAUGAAAAAAGCUUACAAGAUGGCUAAAGAAAAAAAUGCUUCUGUGGGGACUGUAAGUUGA